AUGUCAGAUUCAAUCGCGGUUCCCGGCACAGUCCACCUCGUGGAUCUGGGACAUAACUUGCAUUCCCGCCAUGCUAUAGCGACUGAUGAUAUUGUUCUCAAUCCGACCCCUUCCAACGACCCGAAUGACCCUCUCAAUUGGUCAGCUCACCGAAAGACCCUUUCGCUUACCUGCCAAAUCUUGUAUACGUGGUUCACAGGUAUAGCCGUUUCUACCGUGUAUUCUGUCAUCGUGCCCCUCUCCGAAGCAUCUGGAGUGUCGAUUGCCACUCUUAAUGAAGGAACCGGCUACAUGUUCCUAUUUCUAGGAUGGGGCCUCUUGUUCUGGCAGCCGAUGGCUUUGCGUUACGGCAAACGCCUGACACUGCUUAUCUCCAUUCUUGGAGGAAUUAAAUUACGCUUGACUAACUGCUUAUUAUUAGGGUACAAGUGUUUGGAGGUGAGACCGCUCCUGAAUAUGUUGGUUCAACAAAUCUGGCUGAUAGGCAGUUCCAGCGCAUAUAUAACGAGCAAUGGCCAGUGGAUAGCCAAGUGUAUUUUGCAAGGAUUUUUCAUCGCUCCGAUUGAGGCUGUUCCUGAAAUUGCCAUUACUGACAUAUACUUUACCCACGAACGCGGCACAUACAUGGGAUUCUAUACCUUUGCCCUGGCCGGUAGCAACUACUUCACCCCCAUUAUCUGUGGCUUCAUUGCCCAGUACCAAGGUUGGCAAUGGGUCUUUUACUGGCCCGCUAUUUUCCUGGCGUUUGUAUUUGUCUUUUUGCUACUCUUUAUGGAAGAGACCAACUACAACCGGCCCGUGAUGCCUUCGGCGACAGUACAGCUCACCCCGCAGGUCACUGAACAAGCUGCUGACAAGAAGAACGAUCUCCAUGCUGAAAGCUCCUCACAAGCCGAGCAUGGCGAGGUUCACUCUAUUCCUAAGACAUUUCUUCAGAAAAUAUCGCUGUGGCAGCCCAUACCCGGGCAAAGCAUGGUUCGACGUGCCGCCAGAUCGUUGAAGUUCCUGAGCUGGCCAGUCAUCUUCUAUGCAGGCUUCUCGUAUGGCUCCUAUCUAUUAUGGUUUAACAUCUUGAAUGCCACAUCUUCGAUUAUCCUAUCUGGUGAGCCCUAUAACUUCGGGUCAUCAAUGGUUGGACUCAGCUAUGUAUCAUGUUGUAUCGGUGUACUUCUUGGUGCAAUCUUCUCUGGAAGACUCAGCGACUGGCUGAUUAUCAAACUCGCUCGCCGCAACAAUGGUGUCAUGGAAGCAGAGCACCGCUUGUGGCCCUUUGCGGUUUGUGUCAUUGUGGUUCCUGCAUCCCUGAUACUAUGGGGAGUUGGCGCUCAGCAUGGGGUCCACUGGUUUGGACUGGUGUUUGCCAUGGGCUGUCUUGCCUUUACUAGUUCAGUCGGUAUCACCCUGAGUGUGAAUUAUCUCAUCGACAGCUACCAUGAUAUCAGUGGCGAUGCAAUCGUGACAAUUAUUCUCGUCCGGAAUACGAUGUCGUUUGCUAUUAGCUACGGUAUUACUCCGUGGCUGACUAACCUUGGAUAUCAAAAUUGCUUCAUUUCUGCGGCGUUUGUUGGUAUGGCAGCCUCUUCUGUCUUCUUGAUUAUGAUCAAAUAUGGCAAGAUGUUUAGGAUCAGAAGUGCUCAGGCGUACGCAGAAUUGGUUAAGGGUGACAGGGAAGAAUGGGGAUCUAAACGGCGAUAG